UGCACUUGCGGCUGCUCCCUGCUCGGUUCCGCCCAGCCUCCGUCGCGCAGGAACGCGUCCCUGCAGUCCCCAGCCGAUGGCAGGACAGUAGCCGCCUGUCAGGGGUCGCGAAGGGCUGAGGCAGACGCGGCGGCUCCCGGGCCUCAGAGAGUGGGUGUCUCCGGAGGCCAUGGGCUACCCCGAGGUGGAGCGCAGGGAACUCCAGCCCGCGGCAGCGCCGAGGGAGCGCGGGAGCCAGGGCUGCGGUUGUCGCGGGGCCCCUGCCCGGGCUGGCGAAGGGAACAGCUGCCGGCUCUUCCUGGGGUUUUUUGGCCUCUCGCUGGCCCUCCACCUGCUGACGUUGUGCUGCUACCUAGAGUUGCGCUCCGAGUUGCGGCGGGAGCGGGGAGCCGAGUCCAGCCUUGGCGGUGCCGGUAACCUCGGCACCUCGGGCACCCUGAGCAGCCCCGGUGGCCUCGACCCCGACGGUUCCAUCACCCGCCACUUCGGGCAGCCAUCCCCGCAGCAGCAGCUGCUGGAACGGGGAGAAGCUACGCUCCCCCCAGACGCCCAGGACGGGCACCAGGUGGCCCUUCUGAAUUUCUUCAUCCCUGAAGAAAAGUCAUACUCUGAAGAGGAGAGUAGGCGUGUUCGCCGCAAUAAAAGAAGCAAAAGCAGUGAAGGAGCAGAUGGUCCAGUUAAAAACAAGAAAAAGGGAAAGAAGGCAGGACCUCCUGGGCCCAAUGGCCCCCCAGGACCUCCAGGACCUCCAGGACCCCAAGGACCCCCAGGGAUUCCAGGGAUUCCUGGAAUUCCAGGAACAACUGUUAUGGGACCACCUGGCCCUCCAGGUCCUCCUGGUCCUCAAGGACCCCCUGGUCUCCAGGGACCUUCUGGUGCUGCUGAUAAAGCUGGAACUCGAGAAAACCAGCCAGCCGUGGUGCAUCUACAGGGCCAAGGGUCAGCAAUCCAAGUCAAGAAUGAUCUUUCAGGUGGAGUGCUCAAUGAUUGGUCUCGCAUCACCAUGAACCCCAAGGUGUUUAAGCUACACCCCCGCAGUGGGGAGUUGGAGGUACUGGUGGACGGCACCUACUUCAUCUAUAGUCAGGUAGAAGUAUACUACAUCAACUUCACUGACUUUGCCAGCUAUGAGGUGGUGGUGGACGAGAAGCCCUUCCUGCAGUGCACCCGCAGCAUCGAGACAGGCAAAACCAACUACAACACGUGUUACACGGCGGGCGUCUGCCUUCUCAAAGCGCGGCAGAAGAUCGCCGUGAAGAUGGUGCACGCCGACAUCUCCAUCAACAUGAGCAAGCACACCACCUUCUUCGGGGCCAUCAGGCUGGGCGAGGCCCCUGCAUCCUAGAUUCCCCCCCGCUCCCCAAUCCCGUUUUGCCCCUGCCCGUGCUCCUACCCCAGGUUAGGGAGCCGGGACUUCCAGAACCUAAGUGCUGCUGUGGAGUGAGGUGUGUGGGUGUAGCAGCCACAGAGAAAAAUGCCCCAGUGCUAUUUAUUCCCCGGUGACUCCAGGAUGAC